AUGUUUGCAGCAGCAACUAAGAAUUUUGUGAAGCAGGUGGGGGACACGGGUCGACUAAUCCCUGUUCCGAGCUUGAGUGAGGCGGACCGAUACCAACCCCUCAGUCUGGUGACGAGAAAGAAAAGACGACAUUUUUGGAAAAAGACAAAAUAUGCCUCGACCCCAUUCUCACUUAAAGACAUCCUCGUGGGAGAAAAGGAGAUCACCGCAGGGGUCUCCUCUUAUCAGCUCCUUAACUAUGAAGACAAGUCUGAUGUGGCACUAAAUGGUCGUCUGGGUAACCAUUUGAUGCACGACGUGGGCGUCAACGUGAGUGGUUCAGAUUCAGUGGCAGUAAAAGCUUCCUUUGGAAUCGUGACCAAGCAUGAGGUCGAGGUUCCCACUUUAUUGAGGGAACUCAACUCAAGGAAAGUUGACCUGGAUCACUGCUUGAUCCGUCAAUCCAGAGAAAGUGGGCGGACUGUCCUGUGUGUUGUCAUGGAGAGCAUCCGCACUACACGACAAUGCUCUCUCACGGUCCACGCUGGAAUGCGUGGAACCACCAUGAGGUUUCAGAUAGAUGACGGUCGAAAUCCUAAGGGUCGAGAUAAAGCCAUUGUUAUUCCAGCCCACACAACCAUAGCAUUCAGUGUGUUUGAGCUCUAUGUUCGUCUAGAUGGACGACUUGACAUAUGUGUAGCACCAGAGUCAGUGGGAGGGUUCGAGAGGGAACAAAUACGUGAGCAGCUGGGAGGAUUCAUUGGGCGCUUUUCCGUGGGAAGACUCCGGAGAUUCCUGUCAGGAAUCAUCUAUGGGAAUCCUUUCAGAGCAGAUGACAGAACAUUUGAGGAGCUCACACAUUCUGACAUGUACAUGGAUGACGUCAUGACCCUACGAGACGACUACUACGAGAAGGCCGCCAGCAUGACUGACCUGUCCACCUCUUACCUGAGGGAGGAAAAGCACACGCGUGUGAAUCUUCUCAACCAUAACAUACCAAAAGGGCCAUGCGCCCUGUGCGGCAUGGGGCAACAGAGGCGUGAAACUGUCUAUGGCUGUCUUGAGUGUUCCUCAGGGGGAAAUAAAUACGUCCGUCUACACGCCGUACCAUGUUUUGACCUCUGGCACAAAACCGUGAGGUGA